CCAAUGAUAGGCACCAUGAGGGCGUGGCGGCUCCUGUUUGGGGAAGGUGACAGUAAAGUGUUGUCAGCUGAUGGAGCAGCAGCGAGUCGACCGACCCAGAGCGGAUAUUCUCACACUGUUCUCCUAAUGGAAGAGGGAAAAGCAAACCUGGCGUUUAAAGGUGUCGCCGAGAGACUGACGCUCGGCAUCACUCGAAUCCUCGAGAACCUGCCGGGGGUCGUGGACGUGCGGUUCGCCGAGAGGGAGCCUGCAGAGAAGAGGAGCCUGUUGUCCUGGGAACAGAAAAACACCUGUAUUUUGCCAGAAGACCUGAGAGAUUUCUACCUGACAACUGACGGGUUCACUCUGACCUGGAGUGUUAAACUAGACAAUGAGUGUGUUCCCUUAGGAUGCAUGAUGGUCAACAGCGUGGCCCGGCUGUGCCCACUCCUCCAACCAGUGUCCCUCUUCUCCCUUCCCAACGCCCCCUCCCUGGCAGACCUGGACUGGGAGGAAAGCGACGCUAAACUUGGGUCGGAGCGGGCGUCUGCUGUGCCCCAUUUUGAUUCCCGGAGCCGCAUCUUUGAGCUGGAUUCCUGUGGCGGGAAUGGCAAGGUGUGCUUGGUCUACAAAAACUGCACCGCAGGUGUAGUAGCCCAGCAGAGUGAAAUCUGGUUCCUUGAUUGCUCACUGUGUUGGCAUUUUCUCACCGCAACUUUCACCUCUUACUACCGACUGAUGAUAACCCACCUGGGCCUGCCUGAGUGGCAGUAUACCUUCACUCCGUAUGGCCCCAGCCCGCAGGCCAAGGUAGCAAAAGGCCCAAAUCCAUCUUAAAAGACCAUCAGCCCUCUGCAUGAACCAGUCAAAUGAAAUGAAGAAAAAGUCUCUGGCAUUCACCAAUUUACAGUUUCGUAGAAUUUCCUCUUAGAUGUGAUCAAAUUUCAGGAGUGGUCUAGAUCGGUUGUGGAACUCAUGAACAGAUAGAUUGCCUGACUUCACAGGGAGGAAACACACAUGAGUUAACAAUCACAAUCUUAAUGUGAAUGAAUUCACCAUCAUUAUUAUCACAACUUGCCAAUGUACAGAGAAGAUUUAUUAAGACUUUAUUUUUCUCAUGUGAAAAUUUAGUCACAGCAGCCUCUUAAUUGCCGUAGUUGUAGGAAGAUCCCCCUCGGUCUUGUCGGUGCCUCUGGGUCUUUAUCCAGGUCACUGCUCAGUAUCGUGAUCUGUUGCACCCAACACGGUCACAACAAUAUGUCUUAAUAUAUCUAACUUUUCAGUGAUUGUCAUUCCACCCACCUUUCAUAUUAGCCUUCAGAAUAUCACAUAGCCUAAACCACUCCCUCUUUAUUUAUGUCACAUCACUGAUGGAUGCACCAUUAACAUUCUUUGAUUACCUUUUAAUAUCGUCGUAUUCAUCUGUCCAAAAGGAAUGAUAUAUUAUAGGUUUGUGCGACUAUAUAAACCUUCAAUUUUCCCUUUUUUAGAUUUUCUAGGCUUUCAUAAUUUACCCAAACCUAUGUAUUCAGAAUGUUCUUCAUUGUGUUGUAGGCAUUUCAGUAUCAUUAAUAACACUUGGAGUCAGUGCAGGUGUAUAAAAUACAUUUUAUUCAGUUUUUCCCUUUCCAGUAUAAUAUAAUGUAUAUUAUAAUAAUAAUAUAACAACAUUGACUGAUCUAACUUUUUCACAUGAUUACAUAAGAGUUAAUCUCUUCAUCUCUUCCUCACAUCAGAUUAUUCAAGUCUAUUCAUGUCCUAUAUGCAUUGAAUCCCAAAAGUUCCUGAGAUUGUAAACUACACAAAAUAGGGUAACGUAGGUAGUGUAACCUCUGCAAUGUGUCUCUUGUGUUCCUAUUGUUACCUCCAGUUCCUAUGGUUAUUUUAUAAGCUAAGCUAUUAUUUUCUCCACAUGACUAGAUAAGUGACACCCUGUCUAUGUGCUGUUCCCCUUUGCAGCAGUGGGCCUCACUGUACCAGCCGCUGACCUUCAGCAGUGAGCACAGCGUUGCUGAUGCUGCGGGAGAUUCUUAUCUCAACAAACUGGAUCCGACCAAGGCCUUCAAAGGCAAAGCCAAGGCGCCGGCACCCAAGAAGAAACCACCAUCACAGUGCAGCUCAGGCAACGCUGCCAAGAGCCAGGGGAGCACAGGGAGACUAAGUGGGACAAAGCGGUGAGAAUGUUCCCAAUCGAGGAAAACAUUGUAAUCCUGUGUGUACAGUCAACAUGGCUUAAAAAAGCAGUCAGUGAUUCCUUCGUCCUGGACUGCAGAACGUCUGGACAGACGAACCAGGGUUCUCCUGCCUCUACACAUGGCUGAAGUGGUACCAGCUGUUGGAGGCAGUGCGGCAUGUAAACAGUUAUUCUAACCUUAUUUAUGUGUAGGUGAUUCAAAAAUACCUGCCUUACGUCUAAAUAGACUUGAAAAAUCCCAAGAAUUCAAGUGUAGUUGUUUUUUGAGCUUUCAUUGCUCUAUGAUAGUGAUGAAGAAAUGAGGCUUGUCUCCAAUGAGACAACCAAAGCAACAGAUAUAUUAUCUGCACUCUCAUUUAACUCAGUGCUCACUGGUUACACCUGCUGGCCUAAACAACUCAUCAGCCAAGUCAAGAAGUUUGAUCAUGUGCUGCUGGCAUAGUAAUACUGACAGGUAGCAACAAAUUGUACCACUGCUAUAACUACUAUAGGGCAAAUAAUACUCAAUAAGGGCAUUAUGUUACUUUAUAACUAUACUUAUUUAUCCCUUCGAUUUGGUUUGAUGUUGUAAAUAUUUUAAUUGAAUGUCAUAUACAGCAAUAACAUAUAUAUAAUAUAUAUAAAUUUAUGAAAGAAGUUUGAAAAUAAUUGCUCAACAAAAUCUCUGUGAAUCUGAAAUUGAGAGCAAGACUGAAAAUAAUACUGUUGUUUUCAGUUGGACGGUAAAAGUGAUUUUUGCCUGCAGACAUUGUCCCACAAUCCCCAGUCUGUGGACUCGUUACACAAUUACACAAUUAAUGUGUGGCAGCAAACUAUCAAACAAAACAUUAGUCAUCUUGGACUUUUUCCACUGUAUCUCUGCAGUGCCUCACUCAUACUGUGUGAUAAUCAUGUAAACUUAAAUUAAAAAAUAUGUUUGAGUUUAGGCCUGUCGAUCUUAACAUGGAUGAUAUCACUGAAAUUGAAAAUAUUAUUUCAUAUUUUGCAGCACAUCAAAUUUGGGGGUUAGAUGUGAGCCUCUCAUUAAAUGAUACACACAUUUGCCUUGAGUGCUGGAUUGUUGCAAAGUAAGAACAUAUGUUGCGUUGGAACCUACCGUUCCUAUUUCAUUUAACUUGAUGUGCAAUGUAUUGGGGCUUGUGUGUUUUUCUUCACAUACACUGUAAUUCCCAAGCUCAUGUAAGUGGUCUCCUGCUGAUUUGCUGGAAUGGAUGAUACCAAGGUUAUAUAUGCUGCUGUAACCUCAAUAAUAUAUGCAUUAAAUAUGAGCUAGUGAAUGA